UGCUGCAAUGGUGCGCAGGCAGCGAGCGCCCCACUCGGCGCCCGCAUCUUUCUCGCUUUUUCUUUGACUGCCUCGGCGUCUGGUGUCAUUAUUCUCGAACCCCACUUUGACCAUCCAUCCUUUUCCCUCCCCUUUCCAUAGCCUUUAUUUUGCUCUUUUUGAGUCAUUUCAACAAACACUUUUAGUGUUUAUGUUGAUUCUUCGAUAUUUUGUGCAAUCAUGAGCAACAAGGCUAUGGAGGAUGGGUCGCCGAACAACAGUCCCAGCAGCAUUGAUUUCGGUUCCAGUAGGGGUACUGUAUCUGAUAUCACUAGCGUCGGCAGUAGCAAAAUCAGCGACGAGUGUUUCGUCGAUAAGCAAGUGGAUCUCAAGAAUGGUCACGAGGUCCAUUCGAGCUCCAUCAAUGGCGGCGGUGGCUCUGGCUCUGAUUCCUGUUUGAGAAGUGUUUUCCCCUCGAAGCCUCACAAGGGGAACGACCCGAGGUGGGAGGCCGUACAGUGCGUCCAGGGUAGGGAUGGGCAGCUAGGUUUAGGACAUUUUAGGCUUCUUAAGAAAUUGGGAUUUGGGGAUAUUGGGAGUGUUUAUCUUGCCGAAUUGAGGGGCACCGAAUGCCUUUUCGCCAUGAAAGUAAUGGACAAAGGAACUUUGGUCAGCAGGAAGAAAGUGGUGAGGGCCCAAACUGAGAAAGACAUUCUGGCUUUGUUGGAUCACCCCUUUCUUCCCACAUUGUACUCUCACAUCGAAACGGCUAAGUUCUCUUGUCUGCUCAUGGAGUUUUGCAGCGGCGGCGACCUCCACAUGCUCCGGCAGCGUCAGCCCGGCAAGCAUUUCUCAGAGGAUUCUGCAAGAUUCUACGCUUCAGAAGUGCUGCUUGCCUUGGAGUAUCUACAUAUGAUGGGAGUUGUGUAUCGAGACUUAAAACCUGAGAAUGUAUUAGUUAGGGAAGAUGGUCAUAUAAUGCUGUCCGAUUUCGACUUGUCCUUGAGAUGUUUUGUGCGUCCCACGCUCAUUGAUGGCUCAUCCUCAACAAUUUCGUCGUAUUGCGUCGAAUCGUCAUCAUGUAAAUUGCCGGCGUGUGCGCAGCCAUCUUGCUUCCAGCCAUCAUCUUGCUUCAAGCCACGAUUUUUAAAUUCAAAAGCUAACAAUCAAGUUCGAGGCGAGAAAUCCACUCCGGCCGGAUUGGAUAAUUCCCUCCCGGUACUUGUAGCCGAGCCCACGACAGCUCGUUCCAUGUCCUUUGUUGGCACCCACGAAUAUUUAGCUCCCGAGAUCAUCAGAGGAGACGGCCAUGGCAGCGCCGUGGAUUGGUGGACAUUCGGCGUUUUCUUGUAUGAAUUGUUGCAUGGAAAGACACCUUUCAAAGGCAGCAAUAACAGAGAGACUCUGUUCAACAUUGCCGGGAAAUCUCUUAAAUUCCCCGAAGGAUCAACGGCUAGUUCAUCCGCGAGGGAUCUAAUUCGAGGCCUUCUUGCAAAGGAUCCUCAGAAACGAUUGGGAUUCAAACGAGGAGCGACCGAGAUCAAACAACAUCCUUUCUUCCAACGCCUCAAUUGCGCGCUUAUUCGGAGCACGGCUCCUCCUCAAAUUCCUAAGCCUGUCGAUCUUACGUCGCUCCAUCGGGCGAUGAAGCCGUCGAAUUUUCCGAGCAAGGAUGAUGGUAAGGAGCCUGGCUCGUAUUUAGAUUUCGAGUUCUUCUGAAUAAACAACAUUUGGUUUGUAAUCUUGGAUUCAAUUAAUUAUGAGAUUUUGUA